UCGUGUUCGUUUCUCCGUCGUCUGCCGUGGCCGUGCAUGUCGAGCGCGCGCGCCCAGUAAUCUCUCCCAAAUCUCUCUCGCCUCGCCGUUCCUCCGCCCCAGAACACACUCGUUCUCGAGGCCGCGCCGCCGCCGGAAGAAAACGAGUACGAAAAAAAAAGACGGAAACCCUACUUCUAUCAAAGUACCACCCAUCUCGAUGGAAACAUCAAAUUCUCAGACAGCUCAGAUCAUUGAGGUAAAUGCAGACAUGCCUGUGGAGGUGUCUUGCCUAGGUGGGAACAAGACUUGUGGAGGUGCUGCUUGUGAUUUCUCUGAUUCUAAAACUAGUUCAAAAGAUGCCAAAGAGAGAUCUGCAUCCAUGAGGAAGCUUCUAGUUGCUGUUAUGCUCUGCAUCAUAUUUAUGAGUGUUGAAGUUGCUGGAGGCAUUAAAGCUAACAGCCUUGCAAUCUUAACUGAUGCUGCUCAUCUCCUUUCUGAUGUUGCAUCUUUUGCUAUAUCCUUGUUUGCACUCUGGGCAUCAGGAUGGGAGGCAACACCUCAGCAGUCAUAUGGUUUCUUUCGCGCAGAGAUGCUUGGUGCACUGGUUUCUAUUCAGCUGAUAUGGCUUUUAUCUGGUAUAUUGGUUUAUGAAGCUAUUGCAAGAAUUAUCUAUGAGAAUGGGGAGGUUGAUGGCUUCCUAAUGUUUGCUGUCGCUGCCUUUGGUUUGCUGGUUAACAUUGUUAUGGCUGUUGUGCUGGGUCACGAUCAUGGCCAUGCUGGGGACAGUCAUGGUCAUGGUGGACACAGUCACAGUCAUGGUGUGUCUGAACAUGAUCACUCUCACCAUGGCAAUGACCAUGAUCAUGACGAUUUGCAUGGGGUAGAGCAGCACAAUCAUGGCCAUGGCAUUAGCAUCACAACCCAUCACCAUCAUUCAAAGGAGGACAUCCUCAAGGAUGAGCAUGAACCACUGCAUAAGCACUCUGAGGAUUCCGGGGAUGAGAAUUCUGGUCUCGAGAAAACUCAGGAGAACAACGAGAAGAAGCAAAGGAACAUAAAUGUGCACAGUGCUUAUCUGCAUGUGCUUGGAGACUCCAUUCAAAGCAUUGGAGUGAUGAUAGGAGGGGCUAUCAUAUGGUGCAAGCCUGAAUGGAAGAUCAUCGAUCUGAUAUGUACGUUUCUCUUCUCUGUUGUAGUGCUGUUGACUACAAUCAAGAUGCUAAGGAACAUUUUAGAGGUCCUCAUGGAGAGCACCCCACGGGAGAUUGAUGCAACAAGACUUGAGAAGGGGCUGUGCGAGAUGGAUGGUGUGGUUGCCAUUCACGAGCUGCACAUAUGGGCCAUUACCAUGGGAAAAGUCCUGCUAGCUUGCCAUGUAACAAUCACACCAGAGGCAGAUGCUGAUCGCAUACUCGACGAGGUGAUAGGAUAUAUCAGGAGGGAGUAUAACAUCAGUCAUGUGACCAUUCAGAUAGAGCGCCUGUAGGUUUGUUUUUGUUGAGAGCUGGAAACAAGGAUGGAAUCGCCUGAAAUUAUAUGCCAUCAGCAUUGGUCUUCUAACUCAAUUGUCUACCUUUUGCUUCAGCUGAUCAAUGUGCAUUUCUUUGAUGGAUGAUAUGGCAAUACAUCUGCAGACAAUGAAUCUAAGACAGUAACUGCAGGAACAGUGGAUCACCUCAUGUUGAUAGACUAAUGGCCGAUGGGGAUGUGGACGUUCAGCCAUGUUAAUUUGUCAGAUAACAAGCAGCAUUUCGGAAGUUAUGUUCGAAUUGUGUACUGCAACUCCUUCGGUGGUGUUUAGCCUGAGUUCUAAUACCUUUUUUACUGGUGUUUGGCUGUUGAUUUUUCUUUUCUUUUUUUUUUUUGUCCCCCUGGAUCUUCUCUGCAAUUCUAUCUUGAUCAGUAGUAGGUUUUUUUUUCUUUAUUUUUCUUUUCUUCUAGAUAGAUGGGCAUUGAUAUUCAAAGUCUGAAUAUGAGUUCAUGGACCCACUGCUGUGAAAUUUGA